AUGUUCAUAUUAGGAAACCAAAACUUGUAUAAGAGACCUACACUGGACAGAAUGUUCGCUUCGACGUCACAAAGAAAUGAUGAUGAUUUGCGGACGUCUUACAAUAUCUCGUUACUUAUAGCAAAAUCCGGAAAACCGCAUACUAUCGGAGAGAAGUUAAUUUUGCCAGCCGUUGAAGAGGUUUUUAAAACUGUUUUACACAAACCUGCAUCUGAUAUCAUUAAAAGAAUUCCCUUAAGCAACAAUACUGUUGAAAGACGUAUUGAUGAAAUGAGUUCUGAUAUUGAAAGCUUCUUAUGUAACUAUUUGCAAACGACCCAUUUCUCUAUACAACUGGACGAGUCAACUUUACCUGAUAAUGCAGCAUUAUUAUUGGCAUAUGUUCGUUUUAUUAUGAAUCAAGAAAUCUACGAAGAACUGCUCUUCGCAAGAACUUUGAUAACCGACACUAAAGAACGACAAGGUAAUAGAAGCAGGUUUGCGGACCAAGGGGAAACAUUUCUUUUGAAAGGCUUGGAAGUUUUACAGGAGGAUUGUUGA